CUUUGCCCUCUGUGUCUAACCUUGCUAUAAGGUCUCUUUAUUUCUUCAACCUUACUUACAUAGUGAUUAUCGAUCCUCCCUAUUAGCCCCCUUGGACCUACCCUUAAGAGAACCACUUUCAAGCAACCUCCGGGGAGUAGUGACGUGCUAUAUAUCUACCUCGAACUCAAUUUUGUCUACCAUACAGCAUAAGGACUACACAUACUCAACCAUUAUAGAUAUGUCACUUUUUCAUGGUAUCUAUUCUUCUUCCGCUCCGCAGAAUAUUGGUAUCACCGUAUACGAUUCAUCCACACACAAUCGUGCGUUUAGAUAUGUCGUCCCACAAACAUCACCAUGGCAUCACCCCACACUUCCAGAGAUUCGACCUUUUUCUCUAAAUCUCCAUAUACUAAUCGAUGAUAAACAACACCUCCGUUACUACAUUCUCCGACCUCCACCUGACAAAGAGCCGUUCGACGCUGAUCAUUUACCUACGAUAUCCAGUGUUACAAAUAUUCACGACCCGGCUAGGCUCGAUUCAGCAGCUAAAGCUGUCAUCAGAGAAGUCCAUAAUGCUUUCGGGAUGCAGAGGUUAUGGGAUUCUAAGAAUGGAUUGUGCUACAAUCUUUUAACAGCCCGUUUUGCAUCAGAUGCUCUUCAUUCAACCAGCGCCCUCAGCUCAACCACGGUGUCCGCUAUGCCUCAUCAUUCGGAAUCUUUGCAGACAAAGCCAUAUGUGAUACGACCUGCCACUGAACUACCGCAGGUACUAGCAAGUGGCGAUAUAUAUCCUCUUGAAUACGGAUCGCACUCAUUGGACGUUCCAUUCAACGAGUUACAAUUUAAGAGGGUUAGCACUGAAAUCUAUGGCUGGUAUAUGUACAGUUGGCCCUGGCUUGCCAAUGCUCGUGCAAAGAAGUCUGUCCGUGUUAAAGCACAGAAAGACUGUCAAAUACUGGCUCAACAGUGCCGUUGGAGGAACGGAGGUUGGUUACUUGAUCAUCAAAUUCAGCAAUUUUAUUCUCCUAGGGGGUUAUGCUUUCCAGCUUCGUCAGUUGACUCUGGCGAAGCGACCAAUCCAGCCGACGAUGACGCUGUGAUCUCUGCAAAUCCACAAGAUUACAUCGAGGGUCGCUGGAUCGUAGAUGGCCUUUAUAAACGCGCUCGUACUGCGCUCCGUCGUAAAUACCUCAUGGAAUUUCCUUGGUUCGAGCUCUCAAGUCUGAAACGCAAAGUUGAAUACGAUAUAGGCUUCUUGCACGUGGCAUGGCUCGUAGUUGGAUAUCCGUAUAUGAAAAGCAAUGACAAGGAGAAUAUCCAUGUGGAAACAUUGCAGGAUAAGGAGAUAAUUACAUUUUACAACGCGGAUAUGUAUGAUUUGGUUAGUUGUUGGCCGGAUGAGAGCGCGUCUAUGGGAAAGGAAGGCCGACUGCAGAAGAGAAUGGAAAAGUGUCGCCCCCACGUCGACGUAAACUUUGAUGCUAUGCCCCGCAGCUGGAGACAGUUGAUGAGCUUUGGUGAUGAGUUAUCGUGAGUUUUUCUCGCUCUAGAUUCACGAAGGAUAGAACAUUGCACACAGGCAUGGGGGACGAAAGGAACCACACCAUACGACAGGGAAAAAUAAUACGAUGACGACGAUAGAGCUC